CAUGACAUGUGUACAUAUACGCUCUCUAUCAAAGUCCUCGAACUCGAAUUUCAAAAGUAAAGCCAGUUUCAGUUUUUUGUUGUUUAGUUGUUUGUGAAACUUUAAACGCCGAUAUUAUUUUUAAUAUAUUAAUGUAUAGGAUUUUACAAAAACACUAUUUAUGAGUACCGACUUAUUUAUGUAACCAAUAAUAUAACAGAUAUAAAUAUAUCAACGAUGAAUGACCAGGAUCCAACAACGGUAAUUAAAAUGCUCAAUGAUUUGAAAUCGACUACUGAAAGUUAUCGUCGUAAUAGUGGAGUACCUCUUCGUCUUUCUGGAGCCGGGUUUACUACCCCAUUAACAACAAGUACUUUAGAUACUGGUGACAGAUUGAGAGUACCGCCAAGUUUUCCAUCAACCAGUGGAAAUACCGGCUUACCUUCGUCUGAAGAUAAUACUUCUUCUGUAACAGUAUCAUCUCAUGAUGAUGAACAAACUCCACCAAAACGUAAACGAACACAUGACAUGAGUGAUUCAUUUAGUAAUAGCAUUGCUGAGUCGGCACCCGCAAGUCCAUGGGAGUGGAGACGUCUUCGAGCAGAGGUGGUUUCUCUUCGGACACGACUUUCGCAUCAAGAAGGUACAGUUCAACAGCUCCAUAAAUUAAGAAAUCAACUGGAGGAAGUUUUUCAAAAAGAAAAAAAUGUGCUUGAAAUGCAGGCUGAAUUAGAUAAGCAAACAAUUAAACAAUUAGAAUGGCGGGUUGAAUCUAUUCGAAAGACUGCUCAAGAGGCUCGUGAAGCACAUAAUAAUAUUGAAAGUGAAAUGUUUCAGAUGAAAAGGGAAUUGGAACAAAAGAUUAGUAAUUUAAUUCAUGAGAAUUCUAAAUUGUCAGAACGUGCCAAACAUUCCAAUGAAAAUGAAAUUGAAAAUAAUUUAGAAUCAUCAUCAUCAUCAGUAUCAUCACCUAAAAAUCAAGCUGAAACAGACACGCAGGAAAAAUUGGAAAUGACUGAAAAAAGAAUAGCUGAAUUGGAAGAAAAAUUACGGGAUAAUUUGGUAUUACAAAAAGAAUAUGAAUUACAAAAGAUUGAACUUCAAAAUUGUAAAAUGAACAUAGAGAAAUUAGAAUCUGAACGAUCAUUGUGGGAAGAAGGAAAAACACUUCUAACCCGGGCAGCAAGAGCGAAUGAAUUAGAAAAAGAAUUGCAAGCAUCUAGAGAAAUUAUCAAUGGAAUGCGGGAAUCUGUAAAAGGUAAAUUACUUCUUGAAGAACAAAUGUCUAAUAUGAUGCAACGAUUAGAACAUACUGAAAAAGUUGAGCACCAAGCAGCAACUUUAGAAGUUAGAUGCAAUGAAUUGAUGGGAAAAUUGAAAGAAUAUGAAUCAAUUGGAAUUGGAGCUGAUCCAUUAUCAUUGAAAAAAGAAAUUAAUCGAUUACAGCAAGCUGAAGCGAUUUUAACAUCUGAAGAAGGUCAGUUGCGUUCCAGAAUAGAGUCAGUUCAACGAGAAAAUCAAAACUUGCAAAGAAAGUAUGAGGACGUUAAAAAAUUGGCGAACGAAUCAAGCGUGUCGAUAGAUAGAUUAAACAAACUUGUCAGUAGAUUACAGAAAAAAAUGUUGUUAGUUACACGUGAGAGAGACAGUUAUAAACAACAGUUGGAUUUAUACGAAAAAGAAAUGACAGUUGAUGUCAAUAGCACUGUUAAUGAGCGCAUUCCGGCAUUAGAACGUGCCCUUGAAGGCUACAGAGAUUUAGUUUCAAAGUUAGAAGCUGACUUAGACUCUGUCGAUUCUACAGCAACAAGAAAAGAGUGUCAAAGAUUACGAGAAGAAGUUGAUAAGCUCAAGGGUGAAUUAGAGCACCGAGUACUUAAAGGGGAUUUUAAUUGUAAUGCACGGAUAUUACAUUUUAAAAUGAAUCCAGCAGCUGUAGCAAGUCAACAAGCUGAAGAAAAAAUGGCAGCAAUUUUGCGAGAGGUUGAGGAACUACGAGCCAGAGUUCAGUUGGGAAAUACUGAUGCACCUAUCGGUGUUUCUUCAGUUCAUGCACAAGAAAUAGCUGAACUCAAACAGAGCCAUGAAAUUAAAAUAGCUCGGUUGAAGGAUGUAUUCAAAGCAUCAUCGCACGAAUAUCGACAAGCGUGCUAUCAAUUAUUUGGGUGGCGAGUAGAUCGAACAAAGGAAGGACGAUACAAGUUAUCAAGUCAAUAUGCUGAAUCACCGGAUGAUUUUUUAUAUUUUCAAGUAGGCGAAGGUGUUGAUUUACUGGAAACGCAAUUUUCAGCAACUCUUGAACACUUUAUUGAACGUCAUUUAAAAAAACAACACAGUGUUCCGAUGUUUCUUAAUGCCGUACAAGCUGAACUUUUUUCUCAACAAACCGCAACCAACAUGAUAACAUAACUUGAAAAGAUUGUAUAAAAGUAUGAUGAUUAUGUUUAGUUUGCUUAUUAUUUUUUUGUAUUUUUCAUUCAAUCUUGAUAUAAAAAACUAUUUUUUCUCAAUGUAAUAAUUCAAAUAAAUUAAAAAAAAAAAAAAUUCAAGUCUUUAUUAAUAUGAUAAAUUAAAAAUAUUUAAAUUUAUUUACGACAUUUGUAUAAAAAAGCUUAAGCCAAAUUUGACUACUUAGAUACUAGAUUAAUAAAUUAAAAAAAAAUUUUUUAAGUACGAUUAAAUAAAAUUGUGUACAAAAAUGCUUUACAUUUGAUUUAAGUUGGAAAAUCCUAGCAAGCUGUUAAUAAGUAUAAUAAUAAAAUAUACAUGACUAAAUUAUUUGUAGUAAGUACUCGAUACUUAAAGUAAUAAAUCAAUUAACUAUUGAAUGUGAUGUAGAUAUUGAUGGAUUUUACUAAGUGUUUAAAACAAUUAAUAUCAUU